GUGAGCUGGAAGUUGAAUCUAGGCAGCUGACUGUGAGUGGUCAUGUGACUAAGAAAAGGAAGUUGGAGAGACAUGAGUGCAGUGUACGGUGGAGUGGAGGGUGGUGGGACACACUCUAAAGCAGUUCUGGUUUCUGCUGAGGGUGAUAUCCUUGCUGAGACAGAUGGACCAUGUACCAAUCAUUGGUUGGUUGGCGUUGAUAAUUGUAUCAGUGGAAUCAACGAAAUGGUCCAGAGUGCUAAAAUUAAGGCAGGGCUGGACCCGGACACACCAAUUUGUUCACUGGGUAUGUCUUUGAGUGGUGGAGAGCAGAAGGCUGCCAUCCAAAAGCUGAUUGAUGACAUGCAUGAGAGAUACCCUAAACUGAGCCAAAGCUAUUUUAUUACCACCGAUGCCAUUGGCGCAAUGGCAACUGCCAGCGACUAUGGAGGUAUAGUGGUGAUUUCAGGCACUGGCUCGAACUGUAAGCUGGUGAAUCCAGAUGGCACACAGAUUGGCUGUGGGGGGUGGGGUCACAUGAUGGGUGAUGAGGGCUCAGCAUACUGGAUUUCUCACUUGGCUGUCAAAACCGUUUUUGAUGCAAGAGAUAAUCUUGUCACAUCCCCUCAUGAUAUCACCUAUGUUAAGAAGGCCAUGGAGGAUUAUUUUCAGGUUUCAGAUUUGAUGGGGAUGCUUCCUCAUUUGUACAGAAACUUUCAGAAGUCACACUUCGCAGGGUUCUGUAGGAAACUAGCUGAAGGUGGGAAUGCUGGGGAUGCUUUGUGCCAACAUGUGUUCAGAGAAGCUGGAAAAGUGCUUGCACAGCACAUUGUAGCUGUCCUGCCUGAAGUACACCAGGAUCUGUUUCGUGGUGAACUUGGCUUGCCUGUUUUGUGUGUCGGUUCAGUGUGGCGCAGCUGGGAACUAAUGAAAUCUGGUUUCACUCAGGUCCUCUCACAGGCUCAGUCUCAUGAUUAUAGUCACUUCCGGAAGUACAGUCUGCUUACUUUACGUCAGUCCUCUGCUCUGGGUGGAGCUAAAAUGGGGGCAAAGAACAUAGGAACCACCCUUCCUCUGGACUACUCUGCCAAUGUCAAUAUGUUUUUCAGCCAUACCUUCACUCAGUGAUGAUAUUUGAAUUCAGUUUUAUUUUGAUUAAGUGAAGUAGAAACUUCCUGUUUUUACACUAAUACACACUAUUCUUUUGGGGGUGCUGUUUCUCAAACCCAUUUUGUAUCAUUCAGUUUUGUAAUUUAUAUAGAUUCUUCAGGACAUGAAGGAUAUUUUUUCUUGUUCUUUUGUAGGACAGGAGGUAGUUUAACUAUUCAAAUGAGGUCCUUAUAAACAUCUAUCACGAAGUAAAAAAAGUUCCAAGAUCAUCCAAGUAAUCACACACUGUAUAAAAACAAACAAACUUGUAGAAUAGGUUAUUUGAAUAAUUUCUUUUUUUUUUUCAUCUUGUGGACUAUUUUUAAACAUCUUACUCUGGAACAGUACUAAAAAUGCAUUUGUUCUGAUCUCACUUAUUUUUUUUUAACAUUUUCACAGAUUUCACAAAAUUUUGCAUGCCACUAAUAGCAUAAUAUAAAUAGACUUCAAAAUUAUUUGAAUCCAUACUGUUUAAUGUAUGCACAGUAUAUGAUUGUUUGAUUUUUUUUUGUUGUUGUUGUUUUUUAAUAUUUGUAUUGUGAUGAUCUAUGUAAUGUCUUUGGUAAAUAAGGGAACUUUAUAUAUUUUGAUAUAUGUAUAUAUUGGAAUUAUUGUGUAAAUAAAUAUUUGCAAAAGCA